AGACCUUGAUAAGAGGGCUAUAAAAACCGUGCUCUCUGAGCAGAUCCAUCGUAUUUGGCGGCUGCCACCUCACACAGCUUCUGAUACCUUGGAGGACUCUUCCCCUUUGCUGUACCUGUCAUCAUGGCUCACCGAUUUCCAGCCCUCACCCCAGAGCAGAAGAAGGAGCUCUCUGAAAUUGCCCAGCGCAUUGUUGCCAAUGGGAAGGGCAUCCUGGCUGCAGAUGAAUCUGUGGGUACCAUGGGAAACCGCCUGCAAAGGAUAAAGGUGGAGAACACCGAAGAGAACCGAAGGCAGUUCCGAGAACUCCUCUUUAGUGUGGACAAUUCCAUUAGCCAGAGCAUCGGCGGAGUGAUCCUUUUCCACGAGACCCUCUACCAGAAGGACAGCCAGGGAAAUCUGUUCAGAAACGUUCUCAAGGAGAAGGGAAUUGUGGUGGGCAUCAAGUUGGACCAAGGAGGUGCCCCGCUUGCAGGAACAAACAAGGAAACCACCAUUCAAGGGCUUGAUGGCCUCUCUGAACGCUGUGCUCAGUACAAGAAAGAUGGAGUUGACUUUGGGAAGUGGCGUGCUGUGUUGAGGAUUGCUGACCAGUGUCCUUCCAGCCUUGCUAUCCAAGAAAAUGCCAAUGCUCUGGCUCGCUAUGCCAGCAUCUGUCAGCAGAAUGGGCUGGUCCCUAUUGUUGAGCCAGAGGUGCUUCCUGACGGAGACCAUGACCUGGAGCACUGCCAGUAUGUUUCUGAGAAGGUCCUGGCUGCUGUCUACAAGGCUCUCAAUGAUCAUCAUGUUUACCUAGAAGGCACCUUGCUAAAGCCAAACAUGGUGACUGCUGGACAUGCCUGCACGAAGAAGUAUACACCAGAGCAGGUGGCUAUGGCCACUGUCACAGCUCUCCACAGAACUGUUCCUGCAGCUGUUCCUGGUAUCUGCUUUUUGUCUGGAGGUAUGAGUGAGGAGGAUGCUACACUUAACCUCAAUGCUAUCAACCGUUGCCCUCUACCAAGGCCCUGGAAACUAAGCUUUUCAUAUGGAAGAGCCCUCCAGGCCAGUGCAUUGGCUGCCUGGGGUGGCAAGGCUGCAAACAAGAAGGCAACCCAGGAAGCUUUCAUGAAGCGGGCUAUGGCUAACUGCCAGGCGGCCCAAGGACAGUACGUUCACACAGGCUCUUCAGGUGCUGCUGCCACCCAGUCGCUCUUCACAGCCUCCUACACCUAUUAGAUACUGUCACCACCAGCCAGGCUCCAGUUCUCCUAAAUAUUUUGGAGACCUGAAUGGCUCAGUCAACCCUGGAAAUUAGAUAACAUUUGAUUGAACUUCUGAAAACACAACACAUGUGAAUCAUAAACACAAGAGAAAAGCCAAAUCAGCUUUGAAACCCAAGAAUGAGCAUGUCACCCAAUAGUCUCUCAACACUUCCAGUUCCCUAUGUUCCAGAACAUUCAUCCAAGAAAAGAACAGGCCACGACUGAGAAAAGCAACUCAGAAGCAGAGGAUGGAGAAGGGCAUUUUAAUAAACAUAGUUACCAGGGGUUGGUUAUAGAAGAGGCACAGCAACAGAAAAAGAAAUAAAACGUGUAUGAACCUUCCGUUGGUACAGUUUCACUUUCCUGCUCUUGUUGAGGGAUCCUGCAUUUCAUUGUCUUUGCCUAUACCAGAUACAACCCCAAUAGUCAGGAUCCUCAGCCCCAGAUGCUCACUACAGUCAAGUGGCUGAUGGCUCCCUUUAGCUGAAUUACACUAGAAACUCUACCAGAUUAAAUAAGAGUUCUUUUGGGGCUUCCUAUAUGCAGUCAUACUUGAGAACAGUCAGUCUAGACUUCUAGCUUGAGAAUAUUUGAGAAUACUAAGCUGCAACAGAGACUCAUCUCUUCCAAGCUAUGGAGUGUAGAGAAUGAGUUGAUAAACCUGACUUGGCAUACUCCUCUCCAGGAAUCCAGGUUUUGUGACACAGAACUACAUUUUCCUCUCAAAGUCAAGCUGGUCCCCCAGCUGUGCAAUAAACAAUCGUUGAAUAAUUU